UAUUGAUAGUCAUAGGAGUUACUUAAAUUAUGAAUUUGUGAUAUUAAGUUUGAUAAUUUAGUCGAACUUUGUUUGCCGCGCUGAGUGCUUGUCGUGUUAAAACAAAACUAUAUUAUUCUGGAGUCUGUCACGAUGGAUCUUAGUGUGGAGGAUGUCGUUCAAGGUAUAUUAAGCGAUGAGGCACAUGAAAUUCCUUCCGACACAAAAAAAGUUGAAGAGUCAGACAUGAAGCUACCGGAAUGGUAUGAUGCAGAUAAGUUUAAACAAGGCUGCCGAUUCUUCUGGGACUACUCUCUGUCGCUUACCUUCAGUAUGUUCAUUGGAUUCAUUGGACUUCUGUCGAUUCCAUCUAUUCUGAAUGUGAUUGUUGGAAGCCAGCGGUCCAACACGCCUUACACGGCCUACAAGCGCCACCUCUCCACGUUCCAGCAUACGCUUUCCUGGUUUUCGGAUGACUUGAAACCUGGCACUUUCGCAUGGCGAUCUUUAAAAAUAGUAAGAAAUCGUCAUCUCCAAGCGGGUAAAGCAGCUAAAUUAAAGAACCAUGGGCUAGUAUCUCAGCGAGACUUAUCACUGACAGUAGUCGGCUUCCUUGGUCUGUCCCUCGUCAAGCCCGACAAGUUCCACGUCACUCAGCUCCGCAAGGGUGAUAUGGAAGCCUACAUUCACGUCUGGGGUGUAUUCGGUGCGAUGCUAGGAAUUGAAGACAGAUACAACGUUUGUCGGAAGUCGGUCGAUGAAACGCUUCAGGUUUGUCAAAUGCUUAUUGAUAUGGUGUACACGCCCUGUAUAGAGAAUGUUCCGGAAUAUUUUGAGCACAGCGUUAGAGUUUUGGCCGAGGGUGGUUCCUGCUUCCUGCCCAAUGCAGACGCCGACUUCCUGAUUUAUUGGACCAAAUAUAUUUUGAAUGCGCCUGGUUACAUAUACACGGAAGAAGAUAGAAGAAUUUUCCAAAAAAAAUUAAUGGAGUUACAAAACGAGACAGGUGAUACAGGUAUAGACUCAAUGGAGUUGUUACACAGAUGUGAACUAGCAACUCCACCGACAAGAUGUAGACUUCUGUACCUGAAGGAUUACGACACUGUGGCCGACUCCCCCGCCUACAAGAACUUACCAUUUAAAUCUAAAUUCAACAUGGCCUUAUUCUAUCUAUCCACGUGUUUUUACUCUACCGCUUUCGGGAGAAAAUUAUUGAAUCUUUAUUUCAAAUUGCUCCUUCUAAUAGCGGCAUACUUUCCUUAUAAGGCUAUGUGGAGAUAUGGAUUUAAAAGAGCAUACGUGGAUAUGUUUCAAGAAGAUGAAAAAGACAAGACGCCCCCAAAGUUGAAUUCGGAAUAUUAUAAAAAAAAUGAAGAAACUUGGUACCAGGCGUGGUUCAGCCUUUUAUGGUAAUCACCUUCAAUUAAUUUAUAGUACCUUUAUAAUUGUCAGUUAAUUAUGUUGGUAUUAUAAAACUAAAGUGAGCUGCUAAGGAAUCAAAAUAAACAAUGCUUUUGGGUAAGGAGAUACACCACACUUUUACAGGUUCAUUUAAGAUUGAUAAAUUAAAAAAUAUAAAUCCUUAAAAGGA